AGAGCUUCCCACGGCCACGAUUUUGUGUGUCAAGUCAGAACUAAGUUCGCUUUUUGGAAAAAUAGAAUAAUUGAUCUUAAUAGAUUAUACUUUAAAUUGAAUUUUUUAACAAUCUUAUCACAUAAGUAACAGGUAAUUUAUACGUUUUUCUACUGCUGAUUCAACAAAAAAUAAAUUAACAUGGCAGACGAAGCAAAUGAACAACUGGGCCAUGAAAACGAAAGGUCUUCACCUCCGCCCCCACAACAACAAGUGACUAUUAGAAUCAUUGAACACAUCAAAGCGAAUAAAAUUGACGUUGCUAUGUGGGCGACUCGCAUGUUGGCUAUUAUCUUUACAGCUGGCUACGUUCUCCCUAUUUUUGGAACGUCUCAAAGUUCAUUUAACAAAGUUCUUCUAGCUAAUGCAGCAACUAAUGCAUUGCGCUUACAUCAGCGACUACCUAGGUUUACCCUGUCCAAAGAGUUCCUGGCCAGAUUAUUCACAGAGGAUUCUUGUCAUUAUCUUAUGUUCUCGUUAAUUUUCUUUAAUGUGCAACCAACAUUAUUUAUAUUAGUGCCGAUUUUUCUGUUCGCGGUGUUACAUGCUGCGAGUUAUUCACUUAAAAUUGUUGACUUGAUUGGACAAAAUUCGUGGUGGGGAGCCAGAUUCCUCAUUUCUUUGGUUGAAUUCCAGGCAACGAAUAUUCUUAAGGCUGUUGCCUUUUCAGAAAUUUUCAUAAUGCCGAUGGCGAUCCUCUUGACAUUUAUGGGAAGAGCUGGUCUGAUGACACCCUUUGUGUACUACCACUUCUUACAGAUGAGGUACAAUUCACGUCGGAACCCCUACACAAGAAAUGCAUUUGCUGAACUAAGAAUGGCUGUUGAAUCACUCGCCGGCUUAUCACCACCAUUUGUAGGAAAAGUUUUACGGGCUGGUAUUACAUUUGUCAAUCGUCUCAGUCCGCAACCUCAACCAACACCUCCGCCAUCGCAAUAAUACACUUAAUUCGGAAAGUAUUUAAAUAGAAAACUAUUUUUUAUAAUGUUCUAUAUAAGAGAAUCAAACCUAAAGUAAAAGACAAAACAAGUUUUUGAGAAUCCAAUUUCUUGAAAAAUGAAUCCAAUAACUCUAAGUUACUAUUGGAAUAUUAAUUCUAAAAAUACCUUUAAUUCUAGUUAGGUCAGAAAAAAGGAAAAUGAGCAGUUUCGUUCCAUGAGUGAAAGUUCUGAAUAAAUACAACUAUUAUGUAGCCGUUAAAAUCUGCAUCGGGUGCAGGAAAAAAUAAUGUAAUUAAGGUUUGAAUAUGAAUACUAUAACUAAUGCGGGAACACUGUUUCCCUGUAAGAAAUUCAGAUUUCAAAGCACUGAUAAAAAUGUAUUUGUGUUAAAAAUGUACGCCGUAAAAUUAAAAUAGUAAUUCCCGAAAAGUUAUCUAUGAAUAACAUAAAAGUAGGUUUGGCAACAGCGUACGUGAACUUCAACCAUAUGAAUGUUUUAGUUUAUUUUGUUACAGGCCUACUUUUAUCAUUGAAUAACUAAUUAAUAAAAUGAAAACAAUUUAAACCGUAUCAAAUUUUUUCCUGCACGCCACCCAGAAUUAUGACUAUAUAAAGUCUUUACAAAGUUAGUUGCAUUCGUUGAGACCUUUAGGUCUUAAUGUGUUACAACGAUGGAGCGCAACUCAAUGGGUUACAUUGAUGUGACGAAACUCUUACAACUAUGCUCAUUUUCCUUUUCAAGGAUUUUUAAUUCUCUUGUAUUGAACGAUUUAUAAUUUUUAAAAUGUUGGCAGGAAAUUGGACUAAAAAGACGAUUAAUCAUUAAAAUAUUUAAUGUUUAAAUUAUGUUUUAAUAUAAAUAAUUUUUUUUGUUUUCAAGUUUGUUUGGAACUAGGGUGAUGUUUAUACAAUAAAUAAAAGUUUUUUUUAUAUUCA